AUGACAUUGUCUGCCCAGGAUGACCUCCCUUGGCCGGAAUUGGGCAACGUUUCUCGUGGCGCGACUCGUGGCAAUCAAGGCCAGAAAGGUGUCCUUGGUUCUCCGGACCGCGACGGACGCUGCCAGCUGCAGCUCCGUGUCCAGCCUGGCGUGCUCGCAGUGCGACUCAACCGUCAGGCAAGCGAAUGGUACAGAACCCUCGACAACGAGGUCAAUCGCGCCCUCAAACUCACAAAAACCUACUGGCGCAAGGCACGGAGACGCCAGGAUUACGAUGCCCGCGCUGAUCAGGAUCACAUGGAGCUCCACGAGUGGCUUCAGCAGCUGAAAGACAAGACCAUGUCCCAUCUCGAACUGCUCAUGCAGAAAGGCGACAUUCAAGGCCCUCCGUAUGUCAUGCCCGACGAUGUCGAGUUAUCAUUUCUGCGAGGAUUCAUCGAACGCCACAAAGCCGGAGUCCCUCACAACCCUCGCCUCCGUAAUGGUGAACGACCCACCCAGAUACGUGCAAGUUCUGUCGAUUCCAUGUCCCCCGAGCCCGAAUCUGCCUUCGUGCCACCCCCACAAAAGUACCGUUCAUCUGGACCAAUGGAAUGCGCUUCAGAAGCCUCCAGUUCCCAUGUCCCCCAUUCCUCACCUCGAGGAUCCAAAUCCCCAUCAUUACUCGGCGUAGACACACUGACACAAGAGGCCAGCACCUCCAAACAAGUCCUGCAGGCAGCUCGAGCUUCGUUGACUCGAUCAUCAAAGGACACACAAGACGCUUUCCUCAGAUACACUGCCUGUCUCGAUGUUGAGCGACAAGCACGUCAAGCAGUCGUCUCUGCAGAAAAGCGACGCGACGACAUAAUGGCCGCCCUACUUGUGCGCACCCAGCAGCAAGGCCAUCACUCAACGUCCAGAUCCAGGCAUUCGUCUGCCUCUGAUGAUGAGGAUGGGCGAAGUCCACCCCGAUACAGCAAAGUAGAUGAACCUAGGCCGUCAUCUGCAGAUUCAACGACCUCACGGCCACGGCCGGUGAGCUGGCCGGAAAGCGACCCACAACAAAACGCUUAUGCCAAUGAAGCGGCAUAUAUCGAAGAUCCAUCUGCCAAAGCUAGCCGCAAGCACUCACGCAGUUGGGACCGUGGCAAUCAGUUUCCAGAUGGACAAUAUGCUUGCGAAGACAUUACCGCUUUGCCGCCCAGGAAACGGGUGCACCAUAUGAUGCCAGGCUUCGAAGUACUCAGCAAUGUCGCUGCACUUCAAGCUGCCAACAUGCCUAUGCCUUCAUAA